AAGAUCUUGACUAUGGAAAGAGGAUAUAGCAAUACAAUUGCCCAUUCGGACAACACGUAUGUCUCCACUUGUUUAUAUGGUUGUUUCUGUUAUGGAGAAAUAGGAAUUUGAGAAUAUAUUUAAAGGGCAAAAAAUCAUUAGAGAUGAUGAUAGAUAUAGUACCCAUAUCUCUACUCUCCCAUUCGAGAAGAUCUUCCACAUCACUAGAGCAUAAUGUCAAACAGGUGGAUGAUGAGGAUACAACUUCCGUGUGGUUCUUUUCAUGAGAUAUCAACUGUUGGAUCUGAAGUAGAGGCGCUUAAGGAAGAAGAAGCAGCAAUCAGGGAUAAGUUCAUUGGCCUAAUGUUUGGGUUCAAUGCUAAGAUAAGGAAACUCCAAGAGGCAAUGGCUUGUUAUUUUCAGGAAGAGGAAACUGUUAGCAUUGAAGCAGAAGUAGACCGUAAUGUUGAUGAUGUUUCAAAAGCUCUUGAGGAGACUCUUUCUCACAUUGUUUCUCAAAUAGCAAAGGAGGAGGAAGAAUACCUCUCAGAACAGAAUAUCCAAAAGAAGGUUCAGCUAGAUUUGGUCAAUGUUGAAAGGAAGGUGUCUUUGAUGGAGGCCAUAAUGCAAGAAACAAAAGCAUUGGAGGACUUAACAAGAUAUCCUUCUUUCCAAAAUUCUAGUUUAAUUACUUCUGAAAUGGAAAAGUCAUGUACUUUCCUCAGCGAGGAGUUGAAGAAGAAGUGCAUAUGUCCCAAUUGUCAUUUAGACAAUUUAAGAGAAUUGGGUGGAAUUCUUAAGGGAAAUGAGGCAAAUUGAGCUGCAGUAAGUAUUUUAUUCUGCAAGUAUUUUACCCUUUUAAUUAAAGCUGCCACGUUGAUGUUGUCAAUUACAUACUGUGCAUGAUAACUUGAGGAGAAUACACAUUUGUUGCACUU